GACACCCUGUAUGUUAAGAAGCCGGAAAAUUAAUUUUAAAAUUUCUAUACAUGUUAUUGUUUGUAUUUAUAUUUGUACGUGUUAAGAAGACGGAAAAUUAAUUUUAAUAAUUGCCACAUAUUUUAUUUAUAUUUAUAUAUUUACAUUUUAAGAAGACGAAAAUUUAAUUUUAAUAACUUCCAAAUGUUUUUAUUUGAUUUAUAUUAUUUAUAUUAUGUACUUUAAUAAAUAAAAGAUAUUGAAAUAAAUAUAAAGUAUUAGUUUCAACAUAUUGAAAAAGCUAGUCGCUUUUCACUUUCAUGAGGGUAUUAACGGUAACUCGAUCCUUUUCGCAGGUAAAUUUCCCAGUUCCAUUUCUGUACCAAUAUGCAUCAAAUUAGUACUGAGUUGGUACUGAGCCCUCAGUUCCAAUUUUCCAGUACCAAUCCAGUACCACUCUUCCGGCAGGGAGGUAAAAAAAACACAUAAAACAGAUUUAUGUUAUUUUGUUUUUUUUACCUUCUAUUGAUCGAAUUUUACUUCUUAUCAAAAUAAAUUUUUUUCUUGCAGAUUUUCGUGUGAUUAUGGUGACGCAAAAUCUUUUUGGUCUUUUUUUGGGAGUGAGCAUCAAUUCUGAUGACAACAUAAAGAUGUCUAAAGUUCGAAAAGAAAGUAAACGGAGAUGGAAGACAGAGGACUUGCUGAAAGCGAUACUUGAAUGUCGUCAAAGGCCAGGUCAUGCAAGAUUAAUAGCGAAUUCAUAUGGGAUUCCAUUCAGCACCUUGAGAGGAAGACUGAAAUAUUUUCAAGAAAAUGAAGUGACACAGUCUGAUAUAAAAUUUGGACGAUUUACGUCUACUUUUACUCCGGAAUAAGAAGAUCUUAAAAAUUAUCUUAUAGAAAUGGAUAAGCGAAUGUUCGGUUUGCAGCCUAUAGAGUUUCGUAGAAUCGCUUAUCAAUUUGCAGAAGCAAAUAACAUACCUCACCGUUUCAAUAAAGAUGUAGGAGCAGCGGGUAAAGAUUGGUUUAAAGAUUUUAGAAACAGACAUCCAGAGUUGAGUCUUAGAACUCCGGAAAAAACUUCGUUUGCUCGAGCUUGUGGCUUCAAUAAGCCUAAUGUAGAACAAUUUUUUCAUUUAUUGCUUCAAUUAAUGACGAAAUACUCGCUUUCACCAAGCAGAAUUUACAACGUUGUUGAGACAGGCAUAAGUUCUGUACCCAAUGUUGUGCCAAAAAUUCUAAGUGUUAAAGGGAAAAAACAAGUAGGAUUGCUAACCUCUGCUGAAAGAGGGGAAACAAUUACUUGUGUCAUUUGUUGUAAUGCCGCUGGGAACUUUAUUCCACCUACUCUGAUGUUUCCACGAAAAAGAAUGAAGUCGGAAUUGAAAAACGGUUGUCCUCCUGAAUCACUAAUCGUUUUUCAUCCAUCUGGUUGGAUGCAAACAGAAAUAUUUUGUCCAGUUUGGUUCGACCAUUUUCUGAAAUACGCAAAACCAAGUGAGAACAAUCCAGUUCUCCUGAUUUUAGACGGGCACAGUACGCAUGUUAAAAAUCUUAAUCUCAUUUAUUCAGCACAGAAAAAUAAUGUAGCCGUUUAAGACUUAUUAUAGUCAAGAGUGUACAACGUGGCUUCGGGAACACCCAGGUCAGGCUAUUAAAAUGUGUAAUGUUGGACAAAUUUUCGGAAGAUCUUACAUUCGGGCUGCCGUGUCCAAUAUUGCAAUAAAUGGAUUUAAAACAUCAGGAAUUUGCCCCAUUAAUUCCAAGAUUUUUAGUGAAGAGCAAUUUUCACCAUCUCUCACAACUGAUAUCGAAAUUGUAACAUCACAGGCUACGUCAUCUCAGAGUAUGAACUGCGACGAAAGGCAACACGACUCGAAUGAUUAUACUGAAAAUAUUAUUAAUGAAUCAGAACUAGAUGUAAAUAGUUCUCCAAAAAUUAAAACCAAAAAUAAAUGUAAAAAGACUGAAGGAAAGAAAGUCAAUCGAACAGUAUUAGCCGAUAUUUCUAUUACUCACUUAAAUGUAGAAAAUUCAAAAGUUAAUAGUAUUUUAAAAUUAGACAUUCCAGAACCUAUGACUAAAACACCUUGUGACACGAAAAAAGAGCUAAUAAAACCUGCAGACAUUGCUCCUCUACCGCAGGGUAAAUAUAAUACUAGAGCGAAAAAUUUUUCAAAGAAAAAAGGGAAAACUGUCAUAGUAACUUCUGAUGAAUAUAAAAAAGAAUUGGAAUUACGAAGUACUACACCAAAGAUUUCACCUAAGAAUAAAUUAAGUAAAUCAAAAAUAAUUAAAAAGAGAAGAAGUUUGGAUAAAGAGAAUUCGAAUUCACUAGUAAAGAGAAUAAAAACGGAGGACGAUGUUAAUUGCCUUACAUGCAAUGAACUUUAUUCACUUUCAAUACCUGGUGAAGAAUGGAUCCAAUGCCAAGACUGCUCUUCAUGGGCUCAUCUUAAAUGCGCCAUACAUUUAGUAAAAAAAA